GUUUCAGUUUUUAUCUCGAACAUUCGUUUACGUCUAGUCCAGUGAAUUGUUACGUCACAAUGGUCUAAUUCGAAAUUCCUACCCAACGUCCAAUCAGAUGCAGCAAGCAGUUCACACACUGCGUUACUUGGUUGCUUGACGCAACAACUUUAGACGUUUUGAGCAAGGCAAAAUGAUAGCGAGUUCGUUUGAAAAUGUUCCACCAAUUCCUACUUCACCACCCCCACCCCCACCGACGUCACCCCCACCAACGUCACCUCCACCGGCGUCGCCCUCACCUGACCCUAACUCUUAUAUUCCAACAGUUAAGCCUUCUAAAGGAAUGCUGGAUCAGAGAACCUUUAAAAGGAUUGUUGCAUUGAUUUCUAUCUUUAUAACGUUGAUAGGAAUUGCUCUUGUUAUUGUAGCUUGCACGAUUGACCCAGAUGACUUUGAUGAGAGUCGUGUGGCUUUCGAUGGAGAUAUCCAGCUAGAGGAGGAUGAUGAUGGUUUCAUCCAGUGGGACGACGCCUACAGUGAUCCUGAUUCGGAUAAAUCUCGAAAAUUGGAACAUAAGCUGUCGAGAAAAAUUAAAGCAGCUUUGGAUGAAGAAGGUUUUAUGGUAGACAGAGUGGAAAUUAAAUCUUUAUCUAAGGCAGCUCCCCGCAUGAUAAACCGAAAUGAAGAAAUUAAAAAUGUCACGGAUAAAAAGUUUGGUACUGCUAAUGCAAAGUAUGCAAACAAAAAGUACAAUGGGAUAUCCUUUGUGAAAGUUAAGUACGUGGUGUUUGGGAAACCUUCCAAAAAUGCAGCUACGUUUCAAAGUGCGAAAUAUAAGUCCUGGUGGAAAAUGAGGGGCAGGUUGCGUACCAGACUAGCUAAUAACGGUCUUCGUGCAACAGUAAAGCGACUUGAUCGCUCACCUUCCUUUAGCUGGGCGAUAAAGAGAGGAAUGAGACGACACUAUAAAUUCACCACCAUUCCUCCUCCUAAACAAGAAGCUGUUCCUUGCACCUGUAAAGAAAAUCUCUUCAAAGAACUAAACCCAAUGAAUCCAUCUAAAGUGUGUCAGUGUCAAUCUGCAUGUAUUGAAGAUGAGACCACUGUGUAUGGUGGAAAGGAUGAUAUAUUUGCUAUAUUUACGCCACUGUGUGCAUCUGCAUACUAUGCUGGGAUUAUAUCAGAUACUGGUGGUAUAGUGGAAGUCCUAUAUACUGGAAGGCAAGAAGUCAUGCCUGGUAAUAAAACAGUUGCAGGAUUUACUUCAAGCAAGGUUGACUUUAUUCCCAAAACUAUAACUUUAAAAGCUUUAGGCAGUUUGAUAAUUCCCACCGAACCACCUCCCCCUUUAAGCUAUGAAGGCAGUGGUUUUGCACCAAUCACCACAACUGAGAAUCCUUUCCUUAAAACAACAACAUCAAUGAUGUCACAAGCAGCAUUGGCUGUGCAAGCUGAUGAUGAUGAUGAUGAUUUUGCAUCGAUACCAAAGCUGUUAAAGAAAUACAACAACGAACCAAUUGUAUUUCAUUUGCAUAUAAAAGAAAUCGAUAAACGGAAAAUGCAAUACAACAAGAUCAUAUUCAGUGCCAGGAAGCAUCAUAUCUUAGAAGAUUUUGGACGCAAACUUAACCCAAUGGUCAAGGCCAAGUUAGUAGAAAUGGGGUUUCAAGGUAUCACUGUUGACUUUGUUCAGUUCCACAGAGUUGGUGAAGAACUUGGCUUUGCUGGUGGUUUUGCAAUCUCAGGAAACAUUGCUACAUUGGCCAAGACAAUAAAAAAGUUGGAAACCACGGAAUCUAAUGGUGGUUCACCAUGGAGAGCAUUGGAAACAAUUGGAAAAGUUAUAAACAAGAGAUACAGCAAAGCAUUACUUGAGACUCUGCAGCGUCAAGAUGGAUAGUAGAAACAUAUGUUGAGUUCGAUGUUGCAUUUGAUGCCGUUUGUUUUGAUAAAUAAAUAUUUAAAACCCUUAG